CCAGUCAACAUGAAGGCUCUGCUUCUUUUGGGGCUUCUCCUCCUUUCUGUCACUGUCCAGGGCAAGAUCUUUGAAAGGUGCGAGUUGGCCAAAGCUAUGAAAAGACUUGGAAUGGAUAGAUACAGAGGAAUCAGCCUGGCAAACUGGAUGUGUUUGGCCAAAUGGGAGAGUAGUUAUAACACACGCGCUACAAACUACAAUCCUGGAGACCAAAGCACUGAUUAUGGGAUAUUUCAGAUCAAUAGCCACUACUGGUGUAACGAUGGCAAAACCCCAAGAGCAGUUAACUCCUGUGGCAUAUCCUGCAGCGUUUUGCUGCGAGAUGACAUCACUCAAGCUGUAGAAUGUGCAAAGAAGAUUGUCCGUGAUCAAGGCAUUACAGCAUGGGUGGCAUGGAGAAAUCAUUGUCAAAACCAAGAUGUCUCUCAGUAUGUUCGGGGAUGUGGAGUGUAACUGUGGAGUUUUCUUUCUUCAGCUCAUUUCAUCUCUUUUUCACACUAAGGGAUUAGUAGUUAAGUGAAAGGUCACACUACCAUUGUUUCCCCUUCAAACAAAUAACAUUUUUACAGAAGCAGGAGCAAAAUAUGGUCUUUCUUUGAAGAGGCUUAUUGUUCACUAUGUGUUUAUUAUUUGAUAUUAAGCUUACACCAUUUUUCAGUUGUAGCAUUCGGCACUAAUGCUGGUAAAAAUUCAUCUAAAACCUUGGUUACCAAAUACAUCUCUGGUACACGCAGAAAAAAAAUCCAGAUUUAAUCUUGAAUGAUAUGAGUACUCCCCAAUAUUAGAUAAAAAUAUAACAAAAGACUAUCUUAAAACAAACUGACCUUAGGAAAAAUCGCAGAUGUGUAGGAAUCUGAUGCCUUUACGUUGUUCAGUCAUCGCCCAAAACUAAAAAUAACCACUCUUUUUGGGGCAAUAUAAAACUUUUAAAGGAGCAGAAUGCCAAAUGGCUAAAAAUGGAGAUUGCCUGAAUUAAGAAUUUUGUUUUCAUAAAGUGUGUUCCUCACUAAAUUGCUGUUCCUUAAUUUUAUUAACUUAGAUUCGCCCAUUAUCACUAAAUCUGAGGCAGAUGAGCUUGCAAGUAUUGAAAUAAUUACUAAUUAACUACAGGUGUGAAAUUAUGCAUGCUUAAAAAAUACAUUCUCAUUAAAGACUUUGCAAUGCA